AUAUCGGUUUUAUAUUAUUUCCUUUACCCUUGUCAAAAAAAUUAAAAAUAAUCUUUCACUAUUUUAAUUGUUUUUACAUUAACUCUUGAUAUUAUGUAAGUACGUCCGUUCAAAAAAAAAUAAAAAAUGUAUGUACAUCAAAUUUUAUAAUUUUGAAAUUUUAAUCAUCUAAGUUUUCCAAUCAAAAUAGAACAAUAUUUAUUUUUAUCUUUUAAAAAACAAUAUCAUCCGCAUACAGACCAACAGUUAUCCUACUAGUCCUCCGCAACCCCUUUAAUGCCUCACCCAAAGUCACUAACCCUCGUGUCAUUCAUCACUCUCAUUACGAAUCCUUCUAGCCACUUACAAAUUACAAUACGCAUGAUCAAAAACAUGAACCAAAAAACAAGAUAAAAAAAACAAAACAAAACAAAAACAACCCUACCCUUAGAAAACUCCCAACGGCUAAAGCCGUCAUCGCACAAAACAUAGAAUUGGGCCCCACAAUUAAUGGGUUGUUAUGUAAUUAAACUCAACUCUUCGAUUUAAACCCAAAUUCAUUCCAACCAAAAACCCUCUUUCUAUAAAUUUCUCUCUCUUGGUAAUUCAAUUCCUUCACAAUAAUUUCUAGGUUAAACUCGUAAACAUGGCAAUCUCUCAAACCCUCCAUCUUUUCUCCAAAACAACCCCCCCAAUUUGUUUCGUGUUCCUCUAAUACAACAUCUAAUUUCCCCCUUUUUUCACCCUCAAUAAUAAUUUUUUUCUCAAUUUUAAUUUCCCAAUUAAAGAAAGAAAAUAAAAAUGGUUCACCUGCAUCUACCCCACAAGAAGCAGCAACACCAUAUUCCGAAGGGUUGUUUGGCGAUAAAAGUGGGGCUCACAGAAGAAGAACAGCAAAGAUUCGUGGUACCAAUAUCACAUUUCAAUCACCCUCUUUUUAUGAAGCUUCUUAAAGAAGCUGAAGAUGAGUACGGUUUUCAUCACAAAGGUACUAUCACUAUUCCUUGCCACGUGGAGGAGUUUCGUUACGUUCAAGCAUUGAUUGAUCAAGAGAAAUCCCUUCAUCUUCAUCAACACCAUCAUCAUCAUCAUGAUCAUCAUCACCAUCAUCAUAAUCCUAUUGUUGGUUGUUUUAGGGCUUGAUUUUUAGUUUUAGUUUUAGUUUGAUUUGAUCCAACGGUUGUAAUCUUUUCUUGUAAAUUCCGUCAACCUGGAUCGAUGGAUUAGUCGUUUAAUUUUGGAGGGUUAUUAGGAGUUAAUUACUUCUUUUGUUUUAGGUUUGUUCUUGAAAUCAUGAUUAUGUUGCGACAUUAUUGUGAUAUCUAUCAAAUAUGAUGACGACAAUUUUUUAAUAAAGGAUUUCUUUUUCUUUUA